AUGUUGCAGAAGCCCAUCUUUGUGGCUACUCACCCCCGCGCGUGUUCCACGGCCUUUGAGCGAGUCUUCAUGACUCAGCGAGAUACCAUCCAGUGUGUCCACGAGCCGUUUGGUGAUGCCUUCUACUAUGGACCGGAGCGGUUGUCGACCAGAUUCGCCGACGAUGAACAGGCCCGUCUGGACAGCGGAUUCAGCCAGUCGACGUUCAAGACCGUCCUGGAUCGCAUCGAGCGCGAAUCAUCUGAGGGCAAACGCGUCUUCAUCAAGGACAUAAUCCACUACCUCCUUCCGCCGCACGGCCAACCCGCCAGCAUCGCGCCAUCCCUGCACAGGAUCAAGCGCGGCGUAGGUACAGAGCAGCCGGAGGAGUCGAAGGCAACGCCGUACCCGUACGCGACGGAGGCGGAACCCGGCAACCCGACCGUGAUGCCGCGGGCGCUCCUGUCGCAGUUCCACUUUGCCUUCCUCAUCCGCGACCCGCAUUAUAGUGUCCCCUCGUACUACCGCUGCACGAUCCCGCCGCUGGAUGCGGUGACCGGGUUCCAGAACUACGACCCUGCCGAGGCCGGGUACGACGAGCUCCGCCGGACGUUCGACUAUCUGCGGAACACGUGUCUGGUCGGCCCGCGGGUCGCCACGUACGAGCAUGACGAGACGGAGCACGACUCCUCCAUGACCGGACGGAGCAGCGGUGGCAGGGAGGAAGAGGUGGAGAUUUGCGUCGUCGACGCGGACGAUAUGCUCGACAACCCGGCCCCGAUGAUCGAGGCCUUCUGCCGUAGCGUGGGCCUUAAGUACGAUCCCUCAAUGCUGUGCUGGGAUACGGAGGCCGAUCACGCGUGCGCGCGGGCCGCGUUCGAGAAGUGGAGGGGAUUCCAUAACGAUGCUAUCGAGUCGACAGGCUUGGUGGGGAGGAAACAUCCCCGAGCCCAGAAGACCGAGGCCCAAUUCGACGCCGAAUGGCAGGAGAAAUACGGGCCCGAAGGCGCUGCCCUCAUCCGCAAGACCGUGGAUGCCAACAUGGCGGAUUAUCUGUAUUUGAAGAACUUCGCCAUGAAGGUUUAG